CAAUUUUGCAAUAUUUCUAUCUAUUCAAAAAUCACGUCAAAACCCUAAAAAUGACUUUAUUACGGCAUAUUUCACAGAAAUUAUUAAUAAACAACAUUAAAACCGACACAAGGUACAAAAUAAACAACACAUGUGUGGCUUGUGUUCGUCUAUUAAAUUACACCCCAAAGGAAUACGACACUAAAACGGACCCAGCACCGCUAUUUUUUAAUAAAGAAGUUCAAUCACUGCUUAAAUCUCUCACACGGGUUGAAGUAGCCAAAGUAUUUAAAAAAAGGAAGCUGGGUGAAAAACGUUUGGGUGAUCCAGAGUUUAAAUUCAUGACACAGGAGCAAUUAGAUGUGAAGUUAAAGAAAGCACAACAGAAGGCUGAAGAAUUACUGCAAAUUCCUCCAGUGUUGGCUGUACAUGCACAAAAAAAUAAGGUUUACUCUCAGGAUCCAGCAUUACAAGGUUUGGAGAGUUCACGGUUUGUGUUUACCGAUAUAACUUUUGGGGUCAAGGAUUUGGACAGGUUAAUAGUGGUAAGGGAGCUUGAUGGCACUUUAAAGGAUGCGGAAUGGGAAUUAAGAAAUAGGGUUAAUCAUGUGUACUUUCCACGAAGUGGGAGGAGUCUAAAACCCCCGAGGGUUUUUGAAGAUGGGUACUUGGAGGAUUUGUUGAAUAGGCGGGAGUAUGAGUUUGUUUUGGAUUUGGCUUGCAGUCAGUUUGAACCCAACGAGAAGGAUUAUCAGAGGGUCACAUCUAUAGUGUUCCAACACUUGAGUGAUAAUGAUGGGUUUGAUUUACUAAGAUCGACAAGGCAUUUUGGGGGACUAGUAUUCUUUUUGGUGUGGAAUAAAAGCAUAGACAACUUGCUUCUGGAUUUAAUUGAAUCUUCCCAUGUAGAUGAAGCCAAUAAAUUGAUGGAAUUAUAUGGUAAAAUUCAUAAGUUAAACUAUGAAUUUGAUGGUAAAUUGAAGGCAGUAAGGCAGUUUAUAGAGAAGGAUUCUACUAAAAGAGGGGCUUUGGAGUUGGCAGUGCAAGCUUAUGAAGAGUUGCAGAAACAAAAAGAACAAUUGGAAAGUGGUAUUAAAGCUGCCCAUGGAAUACUUUAAGGUACCCACACAGUGUUUUAUAUGAAAUAAGUUUAAAAAAUAAUAAAAUUUAUUUGUACAUACAUUAAUGUAGAGGCGUUUUUUAUGGGUUUGUCUGAUUUGUCAAAAUAAAAUAAAAGUUU